UGAUUCUGCAUGUAGCCGUUAGCAUGUAAACAAGUAAAGGAAACGCGACUGACAGAUUAAUUACUUUAAUGCACUGCCUUCCCACUUCGUGUUAUUGGAGAUUUAAAUCUUCUUAUUAUAUUUUUUUAGUUGACUCUGAAAUUCACAUAUGAGUUCUGACAGGCAGGAAUGCUAACUAACGUUAGCUUCUAGCUUGUGAGAUUAUGAAGUUGUCGUUAGUUUUGCCUUUUUUCUUGGUGCGAGUUAUUAAAAAUUACUCAACAGCGAGUCUUCUGUGAGUGAAAAUUAAUCACAUUUCAUCUGGGUUACUGCAACUGACCCAUUUGUAUAUGUCAAUAUGAUAUUGCGUGGUAUUUGUUUAAUAGUUUUUUUCACUUAUUAUGGCAAAAAUGUUUUCUGUUUACUUCAACAUUGUGUACUAUGUUCUGCUUUUCUUUACAAAAGACAGCAUUUGAGUCGACGGUAAACUCUGAAGCAGCAUACUUGCGCUUAUCAUAUUUCUCCUCAGAGCGACUGCUUCGCUUGUAGUGAGAUGAUGACAAACAAGUAGCUGAAAGCUUUUGAAAGCAAGUUAUUGGGCACGGUUUUGACACACACUGACCGCAGCGUCCCAGUCCAUCAAUCUCGCAGCACGUGUGAAUGACCGACGUGGUGCCUACCACCGCCCUCAGUGAAAUAAAGCUCCGCCUCCUCUGCCACGAUGACAUAGAGAGAAUAAAAGUGCUUUGUGGAGAGUGGUUUCCCAUCGAGUAUCCAGACUCAUGGUACCAUGACAUCACAUCAAAUAAGAAGUUCUUCUCUCUGGCUGCCACCUUCAGAGGUGGAAUCGUCGGGAUGAUUGUGGCGGAAAUAAAAAGUAGAACGAAAGUGCACAAAGAGGAUGGAGACAUAUUGGCUUCCAGUUUUCCUGUUGACACUCAAGUUGCUUACAUCCUGAGUUUAGGGGUCGUGAAGGAGUUUCGAAAACACGGAAUAGGCUCUCUGUUACUAGACAGUCUGAAGGAGCACAUCUCCACCACGGCGCAGGACCAUUGUAAAGCCAUCUACCUGCAUGUGCUCACCACCAACAACACUGCCAUUCACUUCUAUGAGAACAGAGACUUUAAACAGCACCACUAUUUACCGUAUUAUUACUCGAUACGAGGAGUGCUGAAGGAUGGCUUCACCUAUGUCCUCUACAUCAAUGGCGGACAUCCUCCUUGGACUAUCUUUGAUUACAUUCAUCAUAUAGGUUCGGCACUGGCCAGUCUGAGCCCCUGCUCAAUUCCUCAGAGAAUUUACCGGCAAGCACAGAAUCUGCUGCGCAGUUUCCUGCCGUGGUCGGGCAUCUCCUCCAAGAGCGGCAUUGAGUACAGCAGAACUAUGUGAAGGUCAUCGGGUCACAGUGCAGGGUGGAUGAGAUUUUGGGUCACAUCAGUUGCAGAGGAGGACUGUGAAGACUGACAUCGGAUCUCUCUGGUCUCGAGCUGUGUACUAUACUUGUAUAUUUUACAUGUAUAUAUCUAUAUAUACUUCAAUUAAUAUAUGCCUAGUCAUUAGUGGAUUGCCCUCUUAAUAUAAACUCUCCACUUCAUGCCUGUAAUUCUGCUGCUGUGUAGAAAUAUUCUAUUGUUUAUCCAGAUUUUUAAUAUAAAUAGAUUUUUUUAUUUGUGCCUGUCCUAUAUAGACGAUUUUAGGGUUUGAUGGUAGAGGUAUGCAUACUUUUUUUUUUUUUUCAAUUUAGUCACUUUCAUGCAUGUGUCAAGCACUUUUUCUUUUUUUUUGCGCAGGAACACCUUGACACUAAGCAUAUAUUUUAACCCCCCCGGUUUUAAGUUAAAGAUGUUUUUGGGUUUUUUUAAAUAACGUUUUUCACAGAGGAAAUGAAUGUAGCGUUGCUACGAAGGGAAAACGACGCCGUUGCAGACAGCCCCCCUCCUCUUCUCGUCAAACGCAAAUGUGAAGACUCUUUAAAUUCAGCUUGGGUUUCGGCAUGUUGCUGUGAAUCAGGGAUUUACACACAAAAUAAAAACGUGUUUAAAAAUAGACCGCUCCUGCAUCACGUGACUUGCAAUAUCAGAAAUGUUAUUUAUCUGUGUUUGACCAAUCCGUCCGUUCACCGCGUCUUUGAAGCACGCUGGGUUUUUUUUUUUUUGGCAGUAUGCGUUUACAUUUCUGUAAGAUCACCCAAGACACCUUACAGAAACCGCUCCGUCGUACGUGAUUGGCCUUCACGUGUUUGGAAAUUUUGUGUCUUUCGUUUCUGGAUCUGUAAAAACACUUUUUUUUUUUUUUUUGGUGACAGAAUUGCAUGUAUGAACAGCUGAUUUUGAACGGGUUAUCAGUAUGUGUAAUAGAACCGCUAUCACCUUGUGCUUUGGGGUUUGAGAUUGUGUGUAAAUCUCCUACAAGUUAUCAUCCAGUCUGUUUUAACGUCACGCGCUUGUGAACCGGUACGUUGCUGUGUUUUUACGUUUCAUCGUGUUUAAUGCGUAGAGCAAGUGUUUUAAGCUCUCGCAGUCGAAGAAAAUACAUCCUGAAGCGACAGUGGUUGAGAUGCGGGUGAAGAGGAACUGAAAUGUUUGAUUUGUGAAGUACCCUCUAGUGUUCACCGAGAGGAGCGUAGACUAGAGGGAUUUAUUAUUUUUUUAUUUUAACUGUUCAUAAAUGAAUUUUAUUUGUUGUACUGCUCUUGUCCGUUCGCAUCCCUCCAUGUGUCCGUUAUUCUUCCUUUAUGAAUUAAACAUUCAUUCGUGCAUUAAAAUAAAUUUGAGAUUACCUACAGGUGAAAGAGAUAUAAAUAAAUAAAUACAUAAAGCCAAAA